UAGUUAUAGGGAAUAUACUUCCCUUGGUUUUUUGUAUUCUACAGUGCCUUCUUCCGUUCUCCCUUCGGUGCGAAUCGGGUCGAACCAAAUCCGAAGUCCCCACCUCAAUCAUCUCUCUGAUUCUGCCAUUGAUUCUCGUCACUCGUUAGAUUUGGUGGAGGAGAAUUUUGAAGUAUGACAACAGCAGCUAGACCUACAUGGGCGCCAGCUAAAGGUGGCAAUGAACAAGGUGGAACUCGAAUUUUUGGUCCAUCUCAGAAAUAUUCUUCCAGAGACAUUGCAUCUCACACUACUUUAAAGCCCAGAAAGGACGGACAGGACACUCAGGAUGAGUUACAGAGGAGAAACCUCCGGGAAGAGUUAGAAGACCGUGAGCGGAGACACUUCUCUUCAAAAGAUAAAGGCUAUGAGGACAGAGACCGGAGAAAGGGUGGUCAACUCCUUUUAGAAGGGGGCAAAAGAGAGAUUGAAGAUCGCAUUAUUCCACGCAGUGCUGACGCUGAUGAUGCUGAUGCUGACGUCAAAAGUGAUGAUGAGAGUGAGGACGAUGAUGAUGAAGAUGAUACAGAGGCUCUCCUGGCAGAGCUUGAACAGAUAAAGAAGGAAAAAGCUGAGGAGAAACUUCGGAAAGAACGGCAAGAGCAAGAGGAGGAGCUUAAAGCAAAGGAAGCAGAACUGUUGAAGGGAAACCCUCUAUUAAACCAGCCAACAUCUUUCAGUGUGAAGAGAAGGUGGGAUGAUGAUGUGGUCUUCAAGAAUCAGGCUCGCGGGGAACUGAAGGCGGCCAAGCGCUUUAUAAAUGACACCAUUCGGAAUGACUUUCAUAGGAAGUUCCUGCAGAAAUACAUGAAAUGAUAAUAGGAUUUAAUGUGAAAAAAGGCAAGCAACAAACUUUAGCGCCUAGUGGAUAGUUUUGUUGAGUUGUUUCUCAAAUGUCUCUACCUCAUUCUGUGGAAACAUUCAACUCCAUGUAAUAUUGUCAUUUUUAAACUAGCUAUUCACAAUGAGAAAUUGUUUGGGAAUACAUUUCUGUUUC